UUACUAUCACCUACGUCCAACGAAUUAUAACAAUAUUGAAAUAACUGAAUAUUUAUGGCAAAUACUGUACAAAAUAUAAUGUAGUUGUAGAAUUGCAAGAAUAAAUUAUUUCUGAUUCGGUUAAUACACAACAGAUUUAAGAAUGAUAUCUUUGUUGCUCUCAUAGUCCGUUGGCAGAUCACCAUUUUUAGGGUGGCAUGAGAGGUUGGGAGGGAUGCCUAGUAAACCAGUGAUGGUAAACACAACUGGUUACUUACCUCUCAACUAUCGCCAGUCCAAGGGCUUCGUUGUCCGAAUCCCGUUUGAGAAGCUCGCUUGGAGCACCUGUCUGCUGCCCCUCAGCAGUUUUGUUUUUUGCGUCAUCUGGUCCUUACUCUACAACUUCGAUGACUCCACCUUCACCCAUUGCAAGGUGCCAAACUUUCUUCCGUCAAUAUCGGCGGCGAUCGGCAACUACAGAACGCAGAGGUUUGUGUGGGGCACAGCUAUCGCGGUCCACGCAGGACCCAGAUUUCUGUUCACAUCCAUGUAUCGUCAGUACUACAAGGACAUACUCAGUAACGGGGCACAAACAUUGGCUUCCGUCGCGUGCUUCCUUAACGUCGUGGAGAACGUUGCUCUCAUCGGCUUAACGUUCAUCCCGUCCGCAUACAACUAUGCUAUUCACGAGAAGUGUUUCAUGACGUUCAUGCUGACGUCGGAGCUGUACAUGGUGCUAACUUGUGUUCUACUGACGAGGUACAGAGCCCAGCCUCCCAGCAACGUAGAGAGCAAGUCGCUGAGGCUCAAGUACCAGCUGUUAGCCAUCAAUAUGGUGUCCUUCGCCCUGGCUGGAUAUUUCUUCAUCAGACACAACUUGUAUUGUGAGCCUGGGGUGUACUCGUUGUUUGCGCUGUGUGAAUACGUAGUGGUCCUGACCAACAUGGCGUUUCACAUGACUGCGUCGUGGGACUUCCACGGCCGCCAGAUAACCAUCGACCAGUACGGACUCGACAUCAGCUGACGGGUCCCCUUGCUGGGCUCGUCCGACGGAUAACAGACAGCCUCCUCCGGGUCUGAAACUUCGUCCAAUCCGGAUAAUUCACCGGAGGGCGUCGACCCGGAGUUUGUGCGGCUGCCAGAACAUCGGCCGCGGGUGUUAGCCAACUACCCACCCUACCCGACGGCACCCAACAUCUACGUAACAUUCCUGGACCCUCUCAACUACCCGGACCCGCUGCCCGAGUGGUAUCUGUCCAUAGACCACCCCCAGCCGUGGGCCUACUACAAUGUUCUCAACGGACAAAAACACUUUGUCAUUUCAGUACUUAACUCUUGAUAUUCUCCCCUUAGCAGGGAGUAUGGUGUAAUGCUUUGAAUGUAGGCUUGUUUUCCGUUCGGACUUAAGACUGUGCUGCUCCGUCUUGACCAACUGGCUGUUAUUUUUGUUCGGUAGUUUCGUGUAGUGGAAAUGUUUUUUACGAUUUUUCAUAAGUAGUCGUAUGAAAGUAUUACUUGUAGUUUUAGUUGAGGAGUGGGUUAUGGUGAUUACUUAAUUGUCGUAUUUUGGUUUUGUUUGGUAAAGUACGUAUUGAAGUAUGGUAAUCAAUUAAAUAUUUUCCUCCGGAUCACGUUUGAGCAGAAUAAAAAUUAAAAUUACUUGAUGAGUGAUUCUCCAAAAAUGGUAAAGUGAUUUAAGUUUAUAAACCGUAGGUUCAUUUUCAAGUAGAUUACCUAGUUAUUUAAAAAAUCCUCUUUACCCUGGGGUUAUGAAGAGUAUCAUUUCAAUAACUCUUGGUAUUCUCAUCGAGAAAGAAUCUUAACCUCUUACCAAAACCAGGAUCAUUUUGACACUAUUGUACUACAUGUAUUCAACAUUUUACUUAAUCAGUUAUUAUUUAAAACUUUAACAUCGGUUUUGAUAACUGCCAAAUGAUUAUAAGUUGCAUUUCAGAAAUAAAUAAUGUUAGUGAAGCAAAAAAGGAUUCAUUCAUAUUCAUAUAAUCGUUAACAAAAGUAACUAUUGAAUAUGAAUCUUCUCAUAGUUUGGAAUCUCUUGACUAUUUUGUGCAAAUACUCGUAGUUAGAUAUUUUUUAUACAUUUAAAUCUCAGGUAUUUUUGUAGUAGUUUUUUUCAUGUAUGGGUCCACGAUUUCCUUUUGUUUUUUGACAAUUUCACAAACUGCAUUCACUAUUAGGAAAACAUUAAACAAUGUAAGGCGAUGAAACAUUAUAAAUAUGUAGUUCAUAAUUUAUUGGUCUUCUUGAUAUACGUAAGUCAAUGAUCUGAUCACUAUGUUAUUCUUGCAGCUUCCAAGUUUGAAUUGUGUUGGUAAUACCAAAUGUUUGUAAUAGUUUUAUUUAAAUACAAAGGUUUUGCUUGCACCUUAAGGACAAUAUUCACAGCCGUAUGUUAAAAGUUUAUCUUAGCUGUUAUUAACAGUAGAUAUCACUUAUUUAUCGUAAUACUCAUAGAAAAAUAUGCGCUGUUGAAGGGUUUGCAAGAGUUAGCCUACUAUUUCAGUUUUCAUGGAAAUAAUAUAGUUAUAACUGCGGUAGUUGUAAUAUUUAAAUUGUUUACAGUGACUUUUCAUUUAACGACUUAUUUCAAAAUAAAUGCAAGCAGGUCCUUUAUUGCUUUUUAAAUGCUCACUUUCUGUAAAGUUAUUGUCUUCCAUAUAUUUAACUGUUCAACUAGUUUCUGUUUUGUACAGUACAGUAUCUUUUCAACUAAGAACUAAUCAUUGUUGUGGAGAUUAUUAACUAGAGAUUGUUCCAAUUGGAAAGGUUGUGUGUUCCUCUGUGUUUAAGAUAAGCGUGUUGAACUAUUUGUCGUGAUUAACUUAAACAUUAAUCAAUAUUUUUCCAUUUAUGAAAGUAAAACUAAUAUUAACUUAACUUUUUUGUGAGAUGCAAUUUGCUGAAAUAUUAAUUAUUGAGUAUUUGCAUAGACUAAGCAACACAAGUAGACUCCUCAUCCCAUUGUAAAUUUUGAAGCUUGUUUUUUGUGUCUAGUUCAUGUACGUCCACACUGAUCGCUAGUGUAGACAACAUUUUGUUUCUAUUAUUUUAGGGUUAUUUUAAUGAUUUGUGCUUUACUAUUUGGUUAAAUAACUAGGAGACCAGUUAUUGUUUAUGAUUAUAUCGUUUUAUUAGGUUAAACGAGGUUUUAAAUGACUGCAAUAACAAGAAACAAAUUGUAAACAAAACAAAACCUCUAUAGUUGGACGUACAGAACUAACAAUAAAAUUGGCUUCAGAUGUUCCAUUAGGAUGAUUAAUCUACUAAGGGAGUAUGUUUUAUCUAUGGUAUUUGUUUCAGAGGAAAGAUAAAAAACUGUUAGUUUGGUGUUUUGUUUUAUCCAUUAUAGAUUUUUUUCUUAUCCAUCGAAAUCGGUAGGAAGCUCUUCUCAAAACUUGAUUGCAAGAAAAUAGAUAAACUAAUGAUAAUGGUACUAUUUUACCUCCGUCAUGUAAUGCAAUUUGUUUCUCAAGAUCAGUAGACAAACAUGUUUUGCGGCUGAUAUGGCUUCGUCAGGGUAGCAAAAACUAAUCUGUCAUAACUGUCACACACGCAAAAAUAACUAAAUACGUAACAAACAUUUAGAUAUAAUACUGAUAGGCAUAUCACACAACGUAGACUUCAUGGUAGAAUUUGUUUUGUUUUGUCUAUUACAUGAGCUGCAACAAACAUUUUGUGUCGUGUGAUAGGUCUAUCAGUAUUAAAUCUAAAUGUUUAUUUUUGUAUUUAUUUAUUUAUUUGUGUACUUGUGACAUUUAUGUCAGGUGUGUUUGCUUUCUUGAUGAUGCCGUGUCAGCAGCGAAAUAUAUAGAUACACUAGGUAAAAUAGUACUUUUUUGUCCUAGGAUGCUAGGUACGAACCUGGAAUUUUUUCACAUUACUUCAGGCUAGACCUAGGGGUUGCAGCAUUAUUACUUAUAUAAAAUCCAUUGGUGAUUUGGCAGGAUUUGAAUCCGGAACCAAAGCCGCGCUCUAACCACUAGAUCAGUUCGCUCCCCCCUACUAUUAAGGCCAAGUCACACCGAGCUCGCUCCCGCGGCGGGAGCGAAUUUUGAAAAAUCGCUCACCGUUUUAUCAAAUGUGCCAAGUCACACCGCACUACCGCGCGCCCGCGGGCGUGCGGUAGUGUCCGCCACGUCCGCCUGCUGAGCGAUUUUUUGCGACUACCGCGGCGGGAGUUUUGUCUAGCGCAUGCGCUAAAGGGGCAUUUUGAAUGCCCAAG